AACAUGGCUGACUCAACAAAUGUGACUUCAUCUUUCAACCAGACCUGUGAUCUGGUUGUUCCAUCAGUCAGUCCUUUCUUCAUGGUGGUCUACAGUCUGGUGUUCCUGGUGGGUUUACUCCUCAAUGGCUUCAUCCUGAAGUUUCACUUCUGUGGAGCUCAGCAGCAGCAGCCAUCAAGCAGCUUGAUGGUCUACCUGAAGAACCUGACCGCUGCUGACUUCCUGCUCUGCCUCUGUCUGCCCCUCCGCAUCACCAAGUAUGCCACCAGCUCUGUCAUCCUUCGGCAGCUCUACUGCAGCUUUGGAAUUUCUUCCUUCUUCCUCAAUAUGCAAGCCAGUAUCCUGUUCAUGUGUUACAUCGCUGCCAACAGGUAUCUGAAGAUUGUCCAUCAUUCAGGAACUCACUUCCUCCAGACAGUACGAGCCGCACGCAUCAUCUCCGUGGUCACCUGGGUUACUGUCCUGGCUCCAAUAAUCACCUAUACAAUCCUGUUUUUCAUCACUCAGCAACCUCUGACCUCUGACCCCGGUUGCUGUGAUCCCCUCUUUAGUACAUCAGUUAGACUGCUCUACAAAAUCUUUCAGGCCUGCUCUGCCAUCAUCUUCCUGUUGAUCCUCGUAUCCCUGAUCUUCUUCUACUACAGCACCUCCCGCAGGGUGUUGCAGGCACAGCAGAAGCAGCUGACCUCCUCCAGCUCCAAGAAGCUUGUGAAGUCUCACAGGAACAUAAUGAUGCUUGUCAGCAUCUUCUGUGUUUGCUUUAUCCCCUAUUACCUGGUUCGGCUUCCCUCGGUUCAUUUGUGGGGCAGCAGAUCUGUGCGUCAGGUGUUCUACUAUUUGAUGGAUGCAACCACAGUAAUGUCCGUUUUUAACGUCUGUCUCGACCCUUUUGUUUACUUUUUCUUCUGUAAGACUUUUCGGGACCAUGUGAACCUGAGGGCAGCAUCCAGGAGGACCCACAUCCAGCAGACAAAUGAAGAUUGUGAGAGCAGCGAGAAGCAGCAUGUUAUUUUUACAUCAAGACCAACAAGUCAAACCAAUGUGCUGUAAGGAAAAG